AAACCCUUCGGCUGGGUUGGAAAACUGCGCCCAGAGCCCGCAAACAAAGAGUAACCACGGCAACCGCCAAUCCCAAGGCAGAGGGACCUUACUGGUGCCGCAAUGGGACAAACUAUCUCUAUUCGAAAUCGGAGCGAGCUCUUCUCGGCGCAGGAGCUGGAGGAAGAACUUAAGACUUUCUUCCAGAGAAACUGAGGCCAGGACUUUGGGGUUAAGUUCUUGUUUGGACCAUAGGAGAGGAUCACAACUUCCUCAUAUGUUGAAAAUUAUCCGCAUACGGGGAGAAGAAGAAUGUCAAGGAAAAACAAAACAUUAAUUUUUAAAUACUUUCUUAAUCUUAUUAAUGGAGCUUUCUUGGUUCUUGGACUUUUACUCAUGGGAUUUGGUACAUGGCUUUUAUUGGAACAAAAUUUUUUCACAGCUUUGGUUUCUGCAGAUGAAAAUAAGCACUUAAUAGUAUUUAUUUUUCGAAUUUUGAUUGGAACUGGAUCUGCUAUCAUUCUUCUUUGUCUCUUGGGUUAUUUGGGAAUUCGCAGUGAAAUCAGAUGGCUCCUAAUUCUGUAUGCAGUGCUGCUGAUGUGGGCCUUUGGGGUUCAGGUUGUGCUUUCAGCACUCAUCUCCGCAAAGAAAGAGGAGGUUCACCAAGUAUGGCAUGAUGAAAUUGAUUCAGUCAUUUCUGAGUAUGGCUCUAAGGAUCUGCCUGGAAACAUACCCAAGUGGAUGAUUCUGGAUGCCUUACAGAAAACAUUACAGUGUUGCGGACAAAAAAAUUAUACAGAUUGGAUAAAGAAUAAGAAUAAAGAAAAUUCAGAACAGGUGCCAUGUUCUUGCACGAAUUCUACAUUAAGAAAGUGGUUUUGUGAUGAGCCAAGGAAUGCAACUUACACAGAGGGUUGUGAACAUAAAAUCAACACAUGGUAUCAUGCCAAUGCUUUAACCUUAGUUAGAAUUAACUUUGGACUUCUGGCUUCAGAGGUUUUGCAAGUCGUGUUAACUUUUUCUUUCUUCAGACACAUCAAGAAUAGAAUAUAUGCAGAAAAGUGA